AUGUCCAAGCCUAAAGUCGGAAUCAACGGAUUCGGCCGUAUUGGUCGUUUGGUCGCCCGUGCCAUCAUCGAGAAGGACUCGGUCGAAUUGGUCGCCGUCAACGAUCCUUUCAUCGACCUCGAGUACAUGGUCUACCUCUUCAAAUACGACUCCACUCACGGCCGCUUCAAGGGAACCGUCAAGGCUGAGAACGGCAAACUGGUUUUGGGUCUGCCAGGCAAGGCCGUCCACACCAUCUCGGUCCACAAUUCCAAGGACCCCGCCGCCAUUCCAUGGGGAUCUGAUGGAGCCGACUUUGUUGUUGAAUCCACUGGUGUCUUCACCACCACCGACAAGGCCUCCGCUCACUUGAAGGGUGGUGCCAAGAAGGUCGUCAUCUCUGCCCCAUCUGCUGAUGCCCCAAUGUUCGUCAUGGGUGUCAACGAAGACAAGUACGAUGCCUCAAAGGACCACGUUAUCAGGUAAGGAAAACGUUUUACGCUUUUUGAAACUUUUUUAAACGUUGAACUUUUGAAAAUGGACAAGAAGUCUGACUUUUUUUUUCAAAAAUUCAAAUUUCUAGAUUGUAAAGUUUGAAUUUUUUUAAAAUUAUGGUUUUUCCUUCAGUAACGCCUCUUGCACCACCAACUGCUUGGCUCCAUUGGCCAAGGUUGUCAACGACAACUUUGGAAUCAUUGAAGGUCUGAUGACCACCGUUCACGCCGUUACUGCCACCCAGAAGACCGUCGAUGGUCCAUCUGGAAAGCAAUGGAGAGAUGGUCGUGGAGCUGGACAAAACAUCAUCCCAGCCUCGACUGGAGCCGCCAAGGCUGUCGGAAAGGUAUGUUUUGACAUUUUAAUAUAUUAUGCUUUAAGGAUUUAAAUUUUUGGGUAUUUUUAAAAUACUGAAGUUUCUUAUACUACAAUACAAGCUAAUUUGUUGGUAGAAUGACAAAAGUUGUAAGAAUUAGUGUUAAAUCUAAAAAUAUUUAAUUUUAACGAAAUUGACUUCAGGUCAUCCCAGAAUUGAACGGCAAGCUCACUGGUAUGGCCUUCCGUGUCCCAACCCCCGACGUGUCGGUUGUCGACUUGACCGUCCGCACCGAGAAGCCAGCUCCAUUGGAGGAAAUCAAGAAGGUCGUGAAGGAGGCGGCCGAAGGCAAGCUGAAGGGCAUCUUGGACUACACCGAAGACCAGGUUGUCAGCACCGACUUCACCACUUCCACUCACUCUUCCAUCUUCGACGCCGGCGCUUGCAUCGGCCUCAACCCUCACUUUGUCAAGUUGGUCUCCUGGUACGACAACGAAUACGGUUACUCCAACAGAGUUGUCGACCUCAUCAGCUACAUUGCCUCCAAGCAAUAG